GUGAUAUUAGAGACGGGGCCCAGCUCAAGGCAUUUAGUGCUGACGACACAUUGCAACACUUCAUGUGAAACGUUCGAGAUGAACAAGACUCCAAAAAGAGGUACCAAGAGUUGUUUCCCUUUGAUCUACUACCGUUGAGGAUUGGGUGGAGGUAUAUGUUGGAUAACUGAAUCUACAAUGGCUACAGCAUCCACUUUUGAAGAUGAAUUCCUCACUUGCACUAUCUGUUAUGAUGUGUACACCAUACCAAAGUCCCUGCCAUGUCUUCACACAUUCUGCCUCAAGUGUUUAUCAUCAUACAUCGUAGCAGAAGAAGAACAGUUUGGAGUAAAACGUAAAGAAGCUUUUCCCUGUCCUCUCUGCAGAGAGCUGAUCAAAGCCCCUUGUUCAUCCAAGCCUCUUGAACUGUGGGCCUCUGACUUCAAGACAAACUUCUACAUAGAAAGUUUGAUGAGUGCUUUAAAGGUCAACGAAUCAGCAAGUCUGCAGGUGACACAAGUUGAGGAUGUCUGGAGCCGUGCUAGAUCCCUGCAAUCUCCUGUCAACCCUUCACCCAUGGAUCUGCUGUCGCAAGCUUCUACCUCAAAUAGGUCAAGAAGCAUCAAUAACAUACCCUCAAUAACUAGUGACCAUCAGAGGGGUUUUGAGACUGCUACAACACAUUCAUCUUCCAUGCCUAGUUUGAACCAUCAAACCCGUGAGACUGUUCACAUUUCUAGUCCAGCUUGCAUACCACAUAAGAAGAGGUUUCGACUUUUCAAAUGUCUUUCAGGAGAAAUGCAAGGUGACAAUACAAAAGUUCAGUUUUGCGGAAUAUGUGUUGUUGGCGGUGUCAUUGUCGUUUUGGACUUUGGAAAUCAAAGCCUUAAAACCAUUUCCAACUGGAAGGACCAUGAUGUCAAAAUACAAUCUCUUCAACUUGCAGGUAAGCCGAAAUCUGUCACCAGCGUGACAGACAGCUAUGUUGCAGUGACAGUUCCAUGUCGGAAAUCUAUUUACAUUAUUUCAAUUGAGUCGGAGUUGGAAGUAGUCUCGGACUUACGUACUGAACGAUGCUACAAAAGCAUCCAUGAUUCAGGAUCAGGAAACUUUAUAGCUGUCACAUCUCCGAUCCAUAGGCACCAAACUCACAGCAAUGACGUGCUAGGACCCAUAGACAUUAUCGAUUAUGAAGGGAGGCGGCUCACUUCCAUACGCCUCUGUGACGAGCUGACUCAUCUUGACUUCACCCACAUAAGUGUCUCUUCUUCUGGUUUGAUCCAUCUUGUUGAAUCUACAAACAAAACAUUGCACUGUUUGACUCAAUGUGGCCAUGAAUUGUAUCGGUAUCUUCCUAAAUGCUUUGAGGAAAAAUUUCUUUCUCCAAAUGGAUUAUGUUGUCAUAAUGAUGAUAUAUAUGUUACAGAUUUUGAAACAAACAGUGUGUUUGAGAUAAAGUGUGACUGUGGACUUCCUGAUGUUCAGGAGAAGAUUUUGUCCAUCUCUGACGGUAUGAAGCAGCCUAUGGAUGUCCAUGUAGAAGCUGAUGGCACUGUGUUUGUUGCAUGCUGGGAUGGAUUUGUUCGUGUAUAUUCUACAUUUGGAGCACGACCUUCAAUAUUGAAGAAAUUUAAGGAAACUGAAAUUUGAAAAUGUGGGAUUUAUUUCUAUAGUACGGUUUUUGCCAUACUUAAGAAAAGACUCAAUUUCCUGUCUGUUUACACAUGACCCUCUCAAUCCCACAGUGAUUUGUAGCCCAGUGAGAUGAUGAUAACAAGGAUAUAUUGUAAGUAAUGUCAUGUGCAGGCCAUUUUCAUGUUCAGGCGAUCAAUAAUAUUGAUAACAACAUGGCAUUAGUAACAAUGGCCACCUUCUUGACCUCCUUUUCCCUGACCGCCAGGAUACAUGAGAUUUACAAGAAAAGCAAAACUGUUCUGACCAAACAAAUGUUUUCUCCAGGAAUAUAUGAUAAAUACAUAUUGAUUAGUUAAAUAUUAAUCUUGGUCAAGUAUCUUGUAACAUGUCAACAAAUUUUGCCAUACUGACUAUAAACUGACUUAUUAUCCCCCUGCCCAACAAAGUUGGCGAGGAUAUAGAAACAGGCUCCGUCUGUCCGUCCGUCCGUCCGUCCGUCAUGUUUCGUUUCCAGAGCAUAACUCAGCAUAACUGGUGUCUUUUGCUAUU